UUUUUUGCAGGGGGCGGGGACCUCUCUCCCCACUUAACCCAAUAGACGCAACCUGUCAGCGGAUGAAAGCAGGCGCCGGGAGCGCGGCGGGGCCACUCGGUGACCUGCGCGUCAAUCAGCGGAGAGGCUCCACCGACGCCAGGUUAACGCGUUUAAUUAACGCUGUGCGCGCAACUUUACCUGUUGCCCCUCCGUCUGCUUGUUCAGGAGAUAACGAUGGAGUGGCGCCAGCAGACGAGCGUCAGCUGCGCGGACGCGUUCGCCGAAGCUCAGCGUUGGAUUGAGGAAGUGACUGAAAAGUCAUUUGAUUGCAAUAACUUCCGCGCUGCUUUGGAGAAUGGCGUCCUGCUGUGCGACCUCAUCAACCGAUUGAAGCCUGGCAUCAUCAAGAGGCUGAACAGGCUCUCUACGCCCAUGGCCGGCCUGGAUAAUGUGAACGUGUUCCUAAAAGCCUGUGGGAAACUGGGCCUGAAUGAGUCUCAGCUGUUCCAUCCAGGAGACCUGCAGGACCUGUCCACCCGCGUAACACUCAGACAAGAUGAAAGCAGUAGGAGACUCAAAAAUGUUCUGAUCACGAUCUACUGGUUGGGCCGUAAAGCUCACCAGGACGCGUUCUACAGCGGCCCCCAGCUCCACUUCAAGGCCUUCGAGGGGCUUUUGGGCUUGGCCUUGUCCAAGGCCCUGGACGAAGGCAGCAGCGUGUUUGCGAAAGACGGCUGGUACCCGGAGAGAGAGGACGCUCAAAGUGUGGGGCCGAGCUACAGGAGAGGGAAUUCUGUGGAUAGCGUGGACUCCGUGGACUCGCGGGCCGUCUACCCAAGCGCCGAAGGCUUCGGGAGCGACGCAGAAGCGGAGCAGGAGUUUAAGAUGGAGGCGGCGCAGACCUCAGCCCGGCGAAGCAAAGGAAACAUCCCCCCACCCAUCCUACGCAGGAAACACCGCCAGGAGAGUGGAAAGGGCUAUGGCAGCCCACUCAGCAGAGAAACUCAAAACCAGGUCAGGCCUCUGAGACCAGUUCAGGUCAACCCUGGCUGGAUUUGGAGCAAGUCACUGAGCGACAUACCGAUGGUGUACCCUGCUCGCAAAGGGCCCGGCGAGAACGCGCUGAAUGACGCGGACCAGGACGCUAGGACGGAGCGAGAGUGGCUUCAAGAAGGCAAAGAGGCGAGCGAUGCGGCUCCCAAGGACAGUGAAGCUCACUGGCAUGAAGACCUGAAUAAAUGGAAGAGUCGUCGCAGGAGCACGACGUCUGACCUUCGCACCAAGUCACAGGACAGAGAGCACGUCAUCCACCAGAUGACCAACGGGGCCGCGGCAGACUUCAAGAAUGAACCACAGAAGAAUUCUUACCAGCAGACGCCUCGCAGGCCAAGCCCCGCCCCCCGUCCAUUCUCUGACCUCCGGCCACAUACUCGAGCUCUGCUGUCCCGCAGUUACGCCACUGAAGCUCCUUUCAGUCCUACUGUCCUAAACCCUGGUGACUCGGACCACGCACGGGCAAAGGCGCCGUCGGUUGGAGCCGUUCAUGCCUGUGAGGGUCGCGUCCUGGGCGAGGAGACCCACGUUGCCUUGGCUUCAGAUGGAGCGGGGGUUACCACGCCGUCCUCGAGCCGUCCUUUCAGCUCGCAGACCCAGGUCAGGGCCCAAGUCAGCCUGACUGGACACCAGCCAGAGCAGGCGACCGCGAAGCAAGUGUCGACGCUGAUCACAACCCUUCAGCCGAAGGAGGUCUCGAAAUCCACCAGCACCAGGGAUUUCGCAGCAUUUUCGCAGAGAUCGCAGAAAGAGAGCCCGAAGACGAGGCGGCAAUCUGCCAUCGAGCAAGGCAGAGGGCCGCAGGCCACGGGCGUCUACAAGAACUGGUCCAGCUCGGCCAGCCUCCCCCGUGGCUUCCGGCGGUCGGAGGGCUCGUCCCGCCUCUCGUCGGCCAUCACAGCCAGACCGUUUGGGACCAGGCUCUCCAGGGUGUCCUCGCUGAAACGUUACAAUGUGGAUCACAGUGACAUGAGAGUGAGUCUCACGCUUAAACCCAACAGCAGACAGGACUUUGGUUUCCAGACCCGGUGGGACUCCACAGGGGCAAGAGUCAAGUGCAUUGAGCCCGGCAGUCCAGCGGAGCUUUGCCAGCUGUGUGUAGACGAUGAAAUUGUGGCCCUGGACGACGUUCCGGUUGCACACAUGAGCGACGAGCAGUGGAAAGCUAACAUGACGCACGCCCUGCAGCACGGCAGCCUGACCAUGGACGUGCGGCGCUAUGGAAACAAGGACUGGAGCAGUGGCGAGCAGAGUGGACCCAAGCAGCCGGGCCAGAGCAGGAUGACACUGAAUCUGACCCCGACAGCGAGCGUUCUGAUUGGCUGCACUGAUCCCCAUGCCGGCGGCGCUGCCUCUGCAGACGCCGCCGCCACAAAAGUCUCCAAAUUCAAUGGGCAGACAGAAAACGUUAAACAAGGUAAAGUGACGGAUGGGGAGAAUGGUGACAGCUACAGGAAGCCGAGCAAAGCUUAUAAUAAAAUUAUUAGAAGAAAUCAGAAAAGAAGGACAGAGUUUUUCAAAUCCAGAGGAGGGUCCGAGUCUGCGAUCUCUGACCUCCAGGUGCCGUCCCUCCACCCCUCCUCCUGCAGCUGGUCGUGGGACUGUGAGGAGGACCGCAGGCGGCAGGAGAAGUGGCAGGAGGAGCAAGAGCGCCUCCUGCAGGAGAAAUGCAGGCGGGAUCAGGAGAGGCUGGAAGCAGAGUGGCGCAAGGCGCAGCAGGAUGCGUUUGGGGAUUCCUGCUGGAAGUCGGGGCAGGACAACAUGGCGGCGCUCAGCGGACCGCCUGCCGGGGCCCAGCCUCGCGUUAAUGGAGUGACCAGCAAAGCCGCGGGAGAGUGGAGCACUGACCAAGAGCAGCCGAAAGAAGCCGGAGCGAAACCCCUGACGGACCCGGACUGUCUGUCUCCGGCGCACAGGACAAAGUCCUUGUCCACCCCUGAGCUGUCUGGGCCCCACAAGCAGGCAGGAGGCGAUCAGAGGAAAAGAAAAGGUCAGUCCGUGUCCAAGGCUGAGCUGGAGAGGCAGCAGAUCCUGGAGGAGAUGAAGAAACGGACCCAGCUGCUGACGGACAACAGCUGGAUCCGUCAGCGCAGCAGCAGCUUUCACAGGGAGCCCGGCUGCGUGGGGCUUCCUCUGAAGAGGCACGACUCGCUGGACGCGCUGGACGCGCUGCACCAGUCGCCGGCGUUGCCCGCGCCGUACGGCCACCCUCGCCCCCACUCGGCCGCCGCCGGGUUCUGUGCUCCCAGCAGGAACUCCUCGUCCCGCUACAGCACGGGAGCAGCGACGCCCCAGAGGAGCGCGUCCCGGGAGCGCUCGCACCGCGGCAGCGGCGUGUGGGCUGCUGCAGACUCCUCGGAGGAACCGAGACCGGAGUCCAGGCUCGACUCCAGAACGGGAACCCCUACUGUCAGCCCUGCUAUUUUCAACCCAAGUCCCCUGAUGCCUCCAUGUGAGCAGCAGGCCGUCCUCCAUAUUACAGAAUGAGCAAGUGAAAAACCAAGACAAGAGGAAGUUGAGAACCGUGUGAAGCUCCUCCAGAACCAACCUGUGCCUUUCACAAUAACUGCUGGUAACUGUGAGCUUCGUAGAUUCUUAAAAGCUGUUCUUAAUGCAACAAGGGUUAAUGUUAGUUUGUCGUAUUUCUGCUAAUUUAUUUCCAAGAAUAUUUAGAUUAAUAUAUGAAAUAAAGUACUGAUGACAAUUGUUAGUGUUGAGUUGAAGCUUUUAUUUUAGUGUUUAUCUUGUUGUUGUUUGGGUUUUUUUUUGUUUUUUUUUCGCCCAUAUUAAAACAUUCUUGCUUGGAACUCGUGAGGGGGAACAUUUCAACAUGUACUGAGACUUUCUGCUGUUGUGAUGAAGUGUAUGUGGUGUAUGUGUAACUCUUAUUCCUCACAUGACCUGGGCGUCUUGACUGUUUUUGCCUUUGUAAAUAAAGUACAGUGAACAUGGUA